AUGGGUAUUUGCGCCCGGGGUCUUUGCGAUUCCCGGCGUCUUUUGAGCCUCUGCGUCUUUGCGCCUCGGGGUCUUUGCGCCUCCCGGGUCUUUGUCCAUCGGGGUCUUUGCGCCUCGGGGUCUUUGCGCUUCCCGGGGUCUUUUGCGCCUCUGGGUCUUUGCGCCUCGGGGUCUUUGCGCUUCCGGGGUCUUUGCGCCUCCCGGCGUCUUUGCGCCUCGGGGUCUUUGCGCCUCGGCCUCUUUGCGCUUCCCGGGUCUUUGCGCCUCGGGGUCUUUGCGCCUCGGGGUCUUUGCGCUUCCCGGGGUCUUUGCGCCUCGGGGUCUUUGCGCCUCCCCGGGUUUCGGGUUUCGGGUUUCGGGUUUCGGGGUCUUUGCGCUUCCCGGGGUCUUUGCGCUCGGGGUCUUUGCGCCUCCCCGGGUUUCGGGUUUCGGGUUUCGGGGUCUUGCGCUUCCCGGGGUCUUUGCGCUCGGGGUCUUUGCGCCUCCCCGGGUUUCGGGUUUCGGGUUUUCGGUUUUCGGGUCUUUGCGCUUCCCGGGGUCUUUGCGCCUCGGGUCUUUGCGCCUCCCCCGGUUUCGGGUUUCGGGUUUCGG